AUGUUCCGCCGAAAGAGGAGCGCGUCGCAACAUCGGCAUCAGCACCAGCUCUCGAGUUCCAACACGCAAAAUGCGCAAUCCGCCGCUACCCGUGCCUUCAUUCAAUCGCAGCCUUCGUCCAGUAACCUCUCCUCCGCCGCCGCCGCUGCCGCCCUCCGCAGUCUGACACCUACCCCGACCCCUGUCGAAAAUGUCCAGACAAAGCGUAUGCUCCAGCGGAAGUCGUCCAUCUCGUCACAGCCAGCCGGGUCGCCCACUCUCCGCCCAUCAAGUCGCAAUGGCCUACGACGGUCUAAUAGUUCGGCCUCCAUGAGUGCCCGCACGUUCCGGGAUCAGUCACCCGGUCGCCCGUCCUCGAGCUACUCAACAAUGUCUACGCCGGCCGUUGCGCCGCCGCUUCCAUCGAUUCCGACGGAGUUCUCUGGGCGGAGGAACCAGAGUCGACGAUCUGUCAGCCUGGGACCUAGCGCGUUGUCGCCGAGUCCACGAACACAGCCCACAGAGGCGAGAAGCAUUAGGUCACCGGUAACUGUACCUGACAGUCCGCGGGUUGUCGCUAGCCCAGGAGCUGGAUCGGGCUCGCCGCUGCAUCAGAGGUCAGAAAGCAGGAAUUCGAUCAAUUUCUCGUAUCCGAUGAAUUCUCGAACGAACUCCCCGACGAUACCCUCGGGGUUUCCUGAUCGUCAAGACGCCGCUGCGAGUGCAUCCGCUUCGCUCAACAAGCGCUCUAGCGCUCAUUAUAAUAAAAACAAAGCACAAGCUGCUGCACCCGGAAGUCCCGCGAGAAACUCCCUUCCGGUAAUAACCGCGCUUGCCGCAGCUCAGGCCGUGACAGUGACUCGGAAUGAUGAGCCGAACACUCCACCGGUCUCUUCUCGCCCGGCACGUCAACCACCAGCUAUUGAACGGUCGCCCAGCCGGAGCCCAGCCACGUUGGGCGUCAAGCAACGUCCCGUAGUCACUAAAUCGUCCGCGGUUGCUGAAGACCGCCCGGCUAAGGAACAUUCUCGUCCCUCGCCUACACCAUCACCGUCACCUGCAUCAGUACCACCCGCGCCCGCGCCCGCACCUACACCUAUACCCGCACCAGCAUCAGCACCAGCAUCAACACCUGUGAAAGAGCAGGAGAAUCAGCCGUUGGCGUUGCGUUCAAAAGAACCGCCAAGGGCUCCAACACCGCCGGUUGCUGAAAAAGUCGCACGGACGCCCCCGGUUAGUCCACCACAAGUGAAACCCACCGCGAAACCAGAUGGAGAGGCCCAGUCGGCACCCCUACCUCAACCUAGUAGCCCCUCGAGAUCAGCUCAUUUCUCGAGUCAACUGGCUGUGAUAAGCCUUCCGGGCGACCAACUACACCAGCCUCCUGCUCGUUCUAUAUCACCGGCCAAGUCCGCUCUGAAGAAUCGAAACAGCUCUCUGUCACCCGACGGGAGGCUCUCCGGGAUUCUUCGUCCUGGUCCAUCACUCAGCGAGCUUUCAGACGCGACUUCUGUGGCGUCCGACGAUGGUGCAAGACCCAACCAUCGCAAGAAGCCCGUCAAAGUUAGUUUUGACGAUGAGGCGGAAAUUGUUGGGGUGGCUGCUAGCCCUCCAACGUCACCAGAGGAUGUCGUCCCUGAAUCGCCCCCAGGAAGAUCAAAGUCGAAAACAAGCUGGUUCCAUCUUCACAAACGGAAGUCCUCGCCCUUGCGGUCCACCGAUGGAAACGAAUUCGAUGAGGUGUUGAAACCUCGUGCAGCUUUACCAUCUUUCGGCAGCAUCCGAGGUAAUAAAGAUGGCGCGCGUGCGGAGGCGACAGUUCAGCACGAUGUGGAUGAUGACUCUGUGUCCGAAUCGGACGAUGAUUUCCCCAACGGUCAUGCUAUUAAUAAUAUCAUUUCUCGUGCGUCGGAAGCGAACGUGCCGGAGCAGGAACAGUCUUAUGUUGCACAGCCUGCGGUGUCCACUGAUGCCGCUGCAAAGGAUGAUGCAGAGAAGGAAGCUAUUGAUGACUAUGAGUUGGAGCCUGGGUUCUUCCAGAAGACGCAGCUAUCGCCGUUGGUCGAGGUCCCGUCUGAUCAGAAUCUUCCCCUCUCUGACGAACCGGACCUGGAAAUGCCUGAUAUUCCUGGCAUGCCUGAUAUCACACUUCACCCGGCGACUCCUGAUCCUGAAAAGGGAAGGACAAGCCUUGAGAGGUGGGAUAGCCCAGAGGAAUACCCACGCCAGUCUAUCGAAGUGGAGCCCGAAGAGACGAGUCAACUUAAGGGAAAGAGGAGGGAUUCAGCUGAUAAUGAUUCCAGCUCGAGCGUGUACAGCGAUGCAGAGGAGGAUCUGGAUGGCUCAGGCUUUGGUUCUAUCAACGCCAUUGUUGAUCACGAAAAAGCACAUUCGGAGCCAGGAGUUGCAGUCACGACGCCGGAUGACGAAACACGCUAUGCUGAACGCGAUCCAAAUGCGACCGGCAUCCCGGAGACCUGCCAGAUCGCACGUGUGCAGACUCCUGUUCAGGAACAGUCAAAGUCUCCAGCGCCCAGUUCGCCCGGUUUGAUUGAGCCACUUCCGCUCUCCUCGCCGCCAGCGCAGUCUGAGGAGAACAGGCAUCCCGUUCAGAGAGGGGUCAGCCCUUCUUCAACAGUACCGGUGGAAGUCUAUAGCAUUGCCAGCGCACGAGAUUAUGACCCCAAGGAGGUGGAUGCUCGCCCGAGGCAAGUCAAGUCCAACAGCCCCAAUGCCCAGAGAGCUCAACGUCAAAGCCAAAAACGUCCUGAACCCUCGGCACCUACCACACGAAAAGAAGUCAAUAGUCCAGACCUCGCUGACCUGGAGGCGAACGGCGGUGCUCACAUGCCUCGACGUCAGCUCUCAAACGGAAGUGACUCGUCGAGCAGUUUUAAACGAGCUCGACGGGGUAGUCGCGGCGGGAUAGGCAUGAGAAGGACUUUACGAAGCCAAGAAAGCAGCUCGGUCCCUCCUUCCUCUACGAGAGUAGCCGCUCCUGUUGAUCCUCCCCCCAUGCCCUCUGGCUUAGGAGCAGGUACCAUGCGCACAACUUUGCGGAAUAAUACCUCGCGGAAAGAGAAGCCAUCUUUCUUCUCUACUGGCAAGACGCAUAAAGGAAAGUUUGCGAAGGGCGCCAGCACACCGUUUUCUUCCCGAUUCCCGGACUCGGAAUCGGACUCUGAUGACGGCGUCCAGAACCGAAGACUGCAACGUCCAGGCCACCGUUCGGUCAGAAGCAUGAGCGAUAAUGACAUGCGUCCUGUUCGCGGUAUCCCGCGCCGGAAGGACGCCUAUGACGGGGACUCUACUGAGCUAGAAGACAGCUCUGAUGGCGAAAGGCGCCCUAGCUCUGCACCAAGAGGCUCAACGGCGAAAGCUUCCGCGCGCCAACCCCAGUCUUCAACUGUCCGAGACCCUGCGCUGGCUGCAGUGGCGAAAUCUCGUGGCAUGACGGAAGACGAACUGGAGGAAAUGCUCAAUCGUGGCUCUCGCAAGCCCAGCCUUCUCAACCGCCUAAGUAUGAGGAAGUCGAAACCGGUUACGCAACGCGGAAAAUUGCAGUUGUCCGAGGCGCUCUCGAAUGGGACAAUCCCAGAGCAUCCGCAGGCGCAAGUUUACCCCGCAGAAGCUGCGAACAACAGCCCCAGGGCUCUGGCAAGUUCCUCGAAAUUGACAAAGAAGUCUCUCCAGAAGUCAUCUCCGGGUGACACCUGGCCUCUGAGCUCUGAACAAGCCGAACCCGUCGAUUCCGCCAUUGGAUCGGUAUCAUCACCCUCGACCGCACAAAACUCCGUAAGGCCGCAAACGCCGAACGGACGUACGGUUAACGGAAACGAACCCGUCCCGCCUGAGCAGACUUUCGGUAUCACUACAGAGUGUACACCGGCGAAUGGCCAAAACCAGGACAAACCUGCCGUCAAGGGCAACCGUGCCUCGGAUGUGGUCAUUGAAGGAUCCGGACGCAAGAAGCGAUUCCAGCGCUUAAAGAAAGCAUUUGGCAUCGGCAAGUAG